CAACGACGACCACCACAACAACAACUACCACCACAACGACAACAACAACAACAACGACUACCACAACAACUACAACAACAACAACAACGACCACAACAACAACAACAACAACGACCACAACAACAACAACGACAACGACAACAACAACAACAACAACAACAACUACCACUACAACUACAACAACAACCACUAAGACGACUUCUACAACUUCCACGACAACAACAACCACCACCCCAAGUAUGCUUUACAUUCGCGAAAGAUAUUUCAUUACACAGGAGAGGUGUUAACUUUUAG